AUGUCGUCCUCUGCCAACCUCCUCGCCGUUCUGGGCGCCGUCGCUCUCUUGCCCGGCACCGUCCGCGCGGGCCUGUAUCCGGGCCUAUCCACGCAGAACCACACCUGCUCGCUGCAGAAGCCGGUGCUCUCGUGCUCCGCCGGUGCUGAUCCGGCUGUUGUCGAUACGUGCUGCGUCGAGACAUAUGGCGGCCUCAUCUUGUCUACGCAAUUCUGGGACACGUAUACUGGCCGUGAGUCGGCGGGUCAGCUGCUGCCACGCGACACUUGGACCCUUCACGGUCUCUGGCCCGACUUUUGCAACGGCUCGUAUACACAGUACUGCGACCUGUCGCGGCAGUACGACCCCAUCCCGUCGCCCAACACGACGACGGGCACGAGCGCGGGCACGCCGGUGCCCGCCUACACGGGGCCGAGCAUCGCGACCUUUCUGGAGCCCUUUGGCAAGCUCGACCUGCUCGCCUACAUGAACAAGUACUGGGUCGCGCAGAACCAGGACAAUGGCGGCUUCUGGGGCCACGAGUUCAGCAAGCACGCCACCUGCUACUCGUCCUUUGACGUCGAGUGCUACGGCCCCCAGUACCGCGAGCACGAGGAGGUGGUGGAUUUCUUUGAGACGGCUCUCGAGUUUUACGACGCCCUGCCGACUUGGCAGUGGUUGGCCGACGCGGGCAUCAAGCCGUCCAACGGGACUGCUACCACCACCAGCAGCAGCUGCAGUACCAACGGCACCUCUCCCACGGCUCUCUCGCUCUCCGACGUCCAGGACGCACUCGUCGCCGGCUUUGGUAAGCUGCCCUACAUUGGCUGCUCGGGCCCGCGCUACAACGCGACCGAGGCCGGCAAGGGCAGCAACGAUACGGGGUACACCGUGCUGACCGAGGUGUGGUACUACCACCACGUCCUGGGCCGCGUGCAGGACGGCGUCGCCGAAAAGGUGCAUGCCAACAUCACGGGCGGUUCCGUGUCGAGCUGCGCCAAGACUCCGGGUGCCCUCCGGUACUAUGAACGGACAACCGGCUCGGAUGUGGCUUACUAG